CGUGCCAGAGACCAGAGGCCAUCGAGGUCUGUGAUCGACAGGGAGCUAAUCAACCGAAGAAAUUGCGGAAGGAAGGAAGGGUGAAUUGGACCGACCGACCGACCGACUGCGUGAAGUUUGGAUUCGAGAAUUUGUCGAGGAGGAUCUCGGGAUUCAUGACCAAUUAGUUGUAUAGGCCUCGCAGCCAUGGAUAGAAUUUCGUUUUGCCUCUGGGCUGCGGUGAUCGCCGCACUUUGCAUCGACGAGUCGCUGGGUGGGACUCGCGAGGAUGGAGUGGGGACGGCGGGGAAAAAGCCGGAGACCGCGUCACGGGGAGGGAUCAAGACGAAUCUGAUCGAGCUUAGGGGCGGGGAAUUGCCCUGCCUAGAAGAGGAGAAGCAGCAGCAGCAGCAGCAGCAGGAUCAUGACUUUCGGCAAAGAGUGGGCAGAAAUUGCGCGUCGAAUUACUCGACGCAAUCGCUCUACGGGCCCGGGAACUAUCUGAUGCAGAUCUCGCUGGGCACGCCGCCGCAGAAGUUCAGCGUGAUCAUGGACAGCAGAAGCGACCUGGUGUGGGUGCAGUGCCGGCCGUGCACGACGUGCUCCGCCGCCUUCCAGGCCAUCUUCGAGCCGGCGAUGUCGUCCACCUUCGCCAAUGUCUCGUGCAACGACGCGCUCUGCUCGAACCUCGUCGACCGAGGCUGCGCGCAGGACGUCUGCUCCUACCAGAACAAGGACGACAACAACCAGCUCGUGGCCCAGGGCCGCUUCUACCGCGACACCCUCUCGAUUCUGGCCCCCGCUUUUGUCAAUCUCAAGGUGCCUGGAUUUGGAUUCGGCUGCAGCGAGCAGAACAUUGGGUUGCAGGUGCUUCAGGUCGAUGGAAUCGCAGGAUUCGGUCGAGGCCCCAUCUCGCUCAUCUCGCAGGUCGGAGCGGUUUAUGGGGAUCGAUUCGCCUACUGCUUGAAGAGAUCCAUGCCCAGCAAUGGGCUGCUGAACAAUGUGGGCCCUAGCAAGCUCGUGAUCGGCGACAUCGCCGUGCCCUCGAAAGAAGACCAGAAGGCGAAGAAGGUUCAAUGGUCGCCCAUGCUCAAGAGCGAGGCGCAUCCUUCCUUCUACGUGCUCAAUCUGCAGGGCAUCAGUGUCAACAACAAGAAGCUCAAGGCUCCCGGUGACAGCUUCAAGGUCGAGAAGCAGGGCAAGGGAGGGACAUUGCUCGACAUCGGAGUGAAGAUGUCCAAAUUCUCGCAGCCCAUCUUCACUGCCCUGAUGGACGCCAUGGACGCCACCAUCGAGUACAAGAAGUACUCCGAGUCUCUGGCCAAAUUCAAGGCCUGCUACAUCGUCCCGGGCACCGAUGUUCCUCCCAAGCUUCCCACUGUCACCUUGCACUUCGCAGGAGGAGUCAAUGUUGUUCUCCCCGCCGACAAGGUCUUCAUGGACGUGGACUCCGCUGCGGGCAACGCUGGCCGCAUCAUGUGCUUGGCUGCCGAUGGCACCGCGCAGGAAUUCAAUGUCUUCGGAAGUGCCUGGCAGCACGGGCUCGGAGUCAUCGUCGACAACGAGCAGAGCAAGGUCGGCUUCAGCGACGGAGACUGUAAUGCUCCUGCUGCUCGCAGAUUGAGGCGCAGGACUCGGUAGUGCUCGAUGCUCUUUGACGAGCUUGAAGGAUGUCCAUUCCAUGCACCACAGAAUGGUCUGUACGCCACACAGUGUUGGAUGUCGAGCUACCUGUCAUGUCCCAGGAAUCUUAUGAGAUCGUCCGCUUCGAGAGCUCGCCUCCGAUGGAUGUACUCGUGAGCUUCUUGUUUCGGAUUGCGAGGUCCUACCACUCAGCGAUCAUGCACACUUCCCCAGGUGAGAGAGGAAGGAGAACCACAAAAUCUCAAAAGGAAAACGAACGAAGCAAACAGUAACCAUCACUUCAGUCAAAGCGCAAGAAGAAUCACGAUGAAUUUAAUUCGCUGCUCGAUGUAACCGAGCUGAAUAAAUUACUUCUCACAGACUUCGGAAAGUGCGUACUUUGAUUGGCACGGUAGUGUAAGUUUAUUCCCUGUUACAUCCCUUUGUCCCGGUGAUAAGGUGGUCAAUCAUCGCUUCAGACCAGCAGCGGGGUAGAAGACUCCAUGGAAGGAAGUGAGAACUCAACCUGGUUUGGUGUUUCAAUCAGAUUCAUAUCCAAAAAAUUUAGUUCUCGGUAUUCUUGCC